AAGAGGUCUUGAGGUCUGGACCGGAAAGCGGAAGCGGCGUGUAACACGUGGGGGCGGUGCCGGUCGGCGGGCUCCUAGUGCGCCAGGCUGUGGGAAGUGAGGCUGGCGGUGGCUACAACCGAGGAGGAGGGGCGAGACGCCGUGGAGCACGGCGACCGGCUGAGCAUCAUGGAGGGCUCAGGAGAGCAGCCGAGCCCACAGCCACAGCAUCCCGGAGACCACCGCAUCCGCGACGGCGACUUCGUGGUGCUGAAACGUGAAGAUGUGUUUAAAGCAGUACAAGUCCAGCGGAGAAAAAAAGUAACUUUCGAAAAACAGUGGUUCUACCUGGAUAACGUCAUUGGCCAUAGUUAUGGAACCACAUUUGAAGUGACCAGUGGAGGAAGUCUACAGCCCAAGAAGAAGAGGGAAGAGCCUACUGCAGGAAAUAGUUCAGCAGUUAAUUGAAAAUAGUACAACGUUCCGAGACAAGACAGAAUUUGCUCAAGAUAAAUAUAUUAAAAAGAAGAAAAAAAAAUAUGAAGCCAUCAUUACUGUUGUGAAGCCAUCCACCCGUAUUCUUUCAAUUAUGUAUUAUGCAAGAGAACCUGGAAAAAUUAACCACAUGAGAUACGAUACACUAGCCCAGAUGUUGACGUUGGGAAAUAUCCGUGCUGGCAACAAAAUGAUUGUGAUGGAAACGUGUGCAGGCUUGGUGCUGGGUGCAAUGAUGGAACGAAUGGGAGGUUUUGGCUCCAUUAUUCAGCUAUACCCUGGAGGUGGACCUGUUCGGGCAGCAACAGCAUGUUUUGGAUUUCCCAAAUCUUUUCUCAAUGGUCUUUAUGAAUUCCCCCUCAACAAAGUGGACAGUCUUCUACAUGGAACAUUUUCUGCCGAGAUGUUAUCUUCAGAGCCAAAAGACAGUGCUUUGGUUGAAGGAAGUAAUGGCACACUGGAGGAAAAACAGGCUUCUGAACAAGAGAAUGAAGACAGCAUGGCAGAGGCCCCAGAGAGCAACCACCCAGAAGACCAGGAAACAAUGGAAACCAUUUCUCAAGAUCCAGAACAUAAGGGGCCUAAAGAGAGAGGAAGCAAAAAAGAUUAUAUUCAGGAAAAACAGAGGAGACAAGAAGAGCAGAGGAAAAGACAUUUAGAGGCUGCCGCUCUGCUGAGUGAAAGAAACGCGGAUGGUUUAAUUGUAGCUAGUCGUUUCCACCCCACUCCCCUGCUGCUGUCUUUGCUGGACUUUGUGGCCCCUUCAAGGCCAUUCGUGGUCUACUGUCAGUACAAAGAGCCUCUGUUGGAAUGCUACACAAAGCUGCGGGAGAGGGGAGGGGUCAUCAACCUCAGGCUGUCUGAGACCUGGCUCAGAAAUUACCAGGUUUUGCCAGAUCGAAGUCAUCCUAAACUGCUGAUGAGUGGAGGUGGGGGUUACCUUCUCUCCGGCUUCACCGUUGCCAUGGACAACCUUAAAGCAGACACCAGACUCAAAUCUAAUGCAAGCACUUUAGAAUCACAGGAGACUGAGGAGCCUGCAGCUAAAAAACGGAAAUGCCCGGAGUCUGACUCUUAACCCUUUGAGAAUUGCUCUGAAUUUUGUUCUCAGGCAUUAUACAGUUAGUAAUUAAACUUUAAAUGCCAUUACUACUUGUUUUUUCAUAUCCCAAGAAUAAGAACAUGUCUAUAUACCCGUUUCUGGGAAGGAGGAGUAAGCCUUUUGUCUGUUUCUGACACAGAUGCGCUUGGUCUGUCGAAACUGCGACUGUGGUGUAUGUAGUAUGACCAACUGCAUUUAACAAAACUCCUCUAAGUACUUCUAAAUAUUCUGUGCAAAUAUCUUGAGAACUUCAACAUCCUAAAAAUGUGUUUCUACAAGACUUUAUAUUUUAAGCUAAGUGGAAUAAUACAACAUAACUAAAACAUGGCGGGUACCGAAAGGAGGGUAAUUCAUGGAAGAAAUUUCCUCUGUUCAUUCCGUUCUCUUCAACCUAAGCAAUAUGGAUGUGUGAGUGUGUGAUUUAUUAUGGUACCAAAAAUGUCCACCCUCUUUCCUGCAGUGGAAUAAGCUUUUUUGAAAUGCUAAGGUUUUAUUUUAAUAGUUGACAACCUGGGAAAGUUCUGAGUAUUUAUUUUACUGCUCUUUUUUGUGCAUAGAAAGGUUUAGUAGGGUACUUUUUUGCAUUAGUUUGCCAGUACUCUUAUUCUUUGUUCUAAAUAAAGUGACUAGAAUUUUUGUGUACUAUUCAAUUAAAGGAAACAAAUGUCUUUUC